GCAUGUUUGUUCAAAUAAAUUAUUGCAUUAAGAUGAACCUGUUUCUUCUACCCUAACGAAAGGAGUUUUUGUACCCUGAGUGUUGUAGAUAUUAUCAGUGGAAGAGCUUAUCUUUAUAUAAAGAUCACCCUUACGGAGCAUGGACAGCCCUGCCAAGAUUCCCAGUAGCUUGUUUAAUCAGCUGCAUUAAUGCAGAGGUUUUCAGUUAGUAGAAUUGUCCAUUUUCACCCCUUAUUUGCUUGUAGAUCCAGAGACCAGGUCACCAAAUUUGGGCUCCUAGUCAUCCUCUGAGGAGAGGUGGCUUCUCAUUUCCCUGAAAUGAAGAAGCAUCAGAUGAUGAAGGAGGAGGAGACCCAGAAAUGAUGCAGCAAGAGACAGCUCCAGUUCCUGCCCUGUCAAAGAAAACCGAACAGCCUAAAGAAUGUUUCUUGAUACAACCAAAGGAAACAAAAGAAGAUGCCACCAAGACAAGGAGGAAAAGAAAGAAGAAAAUUACUGAUGUUCUUGCAAAAUCAGAGCCAAAACCAGGGACCCCUGAAGACCUACAGAAGCUAAUGAAGGACUAUUACAGCAGCAGUCGCUCAGUGAUUGAAUUAGAAGAACUAAACCUACCAGACUCCUGUUUCCUCAAGGCCAAUGAUUUGACUCAUAGUCUUUCAUCAUACCUAAAAGAAAUCUGCCCUAAGUGGGUAAAACUUCGGAAGAACCAUAAUGAGAAGAAAUCGGUCCUAAUGCUGAUCAUCUGUAGCUCUGCUAUCCGGGCCUUAGAGCUCAUUAGGUCAAUGACAGCAUUCAGAGGAGACAGCAAAGUUAUGAAAUUAUUUGCAAAACACAUAAAGGUCCAGGAGCAGAUAAAGUUGCUGGAGAAGCGUGCUGUGCACCUGGGUGUAGGAACACCAGGGAGAAUUAAAGAACUCAUUAAACAAGGUGGCCUUAAUUUGAACCCCUUAAAGUUCCUGGUUUUUGACUGGAACUGGAGAGAUCAGAAGUUGAGAAGGAUGAUGGACAUUCCCGAGAUAAGAAAGGAAGUUUUUGAACUUCUGGAAAUGGGAGUCCUCAGUCUAUGCAAGUCUGAAUCUUUGAAGCUGGGCCUUUUCUAAGUCUGGGUCCUAAUGAAAAUUCCAGUUUUUAUGGUGGGAUUUGCAUCUCAUUUAAUGGCUCUGGAAUACUGCAAGGACUCAGUAAAUAUCAGCUGUUGUUUUAUUAUGUUAACUGCAUCACCAGAUGAAUCACUAGAAAUUUUUGGUGGAGAUUCUUUGACAAAAAUGAAGCUGUCCUUUGCCAACUUCUUUGUAUAAUAAAGUAUCACCAGCUUGUAUAUGA